AUGGAUCUGCUCAUCUCAUCCACUGUGUUGUUCCUUUCAGCAGCUGGAUUUUGCUCGUGCCAAAAUGAAUUACGACUGAAUGGACCUCUGAAUGGAGCAGUAGGAGGGAGUGUGAAGUUCACCCUCAUUAACCCACCAUCUGCACCUCCUCAGAGAAUCACCUGGAGUUUCAGAGGAAAUAGAGAUAUUACAAUCUUCACUUCAAUUGGUGGUGGAGAGGAUAUACAUGCUGAUUAUGUUGGUAGAAUCUCUGUGAACAAAACCACCGCUUCACUGGAGCUCAGGGGCCUGACUCACAAUGACAAUGGGCUGUACACUGUGACCAUCUCCAUCAUCAGUGGUGGUGUACAACAACAAGGGAACACAUUACUCACAGUGUUUGAAAACAUAUCCAAUGCUACCAUUACAAUCACUGGUGGCAUCCUGAUAGCAGGAGAGAGUUCUGUCAACUUAACCUGCGAUGCACAGGGCUCCAUCAUCACCAGGGAGUGGACAAAGGAUGGCAAACCUCUGUCUCCUAGCAACAGCAUCACCUUCUUUGAGGAGAACAGAACGCUGUCCAUCAGCCCAGUAGAGAAAGAUGACGGAGGAGAAUAUAUGUGCCACAUCAGCAGCCCUUUCAGUACUAUGAUAGCUUCCCAAACAGUAACAGUGAACUAUGGACCAGACACAGUUAUCAUUGUUGGUGUAGAGGUAGAUUGUGGCCAUUUCAUUAAUUUGACCUGUACUGCUGAGUCUGUCCCUGAGAGCACCUACACAUGGGCAUUUAAUGGGACAGAAACGAGUGUGACUGGAGCUUCAUACGUCAAAGAGCUGAGUGAAUAUGAAGACAGUGGAAAGUACACCUGCACUGCUUUGAACAGCAUCACCAAACUCAGUGGCAAAGCGGAUUUUGAUGUGUCAGUUACAGAUAAGAGGAAAGAGAAUAGCUUGUCUGCUGGAGCUAUAGCUGGGAUAGGAGUGGCAUGCUUGAUCUUGGGUGUGGCUGUAGGGGUUGGAGGCUCUUUCUUUGCCAUGAAGAAAUUACCCAUUGACCAAAAAGGGCUUCACUCUGGAAAUUCCAGAAGAAAAAAUGAGGUGCCAGGUGAUCGUUCUGUCUCCAAGCCUGCCUCAAGAUAUGAUGCUCCUAUACCUCUCAAUGCAACCACUAUAGCAAAUCCAGGACUAUAUGAAGCACCUACAGACGGGACAGAACAUUCAGGCUCUGUUCAUUCAGAUGACACUGUUUAUGAAACGCGUAUAUCUGUCAAACGACCUCCAGUCGUGCCCGAGUCUUUGUACUACAAAAAUAUAUUUCAAAUGUAAAGCCAUCUUUCCAGCCAUGUUUGACAUGCAUUGAUGUCCAAAGCAGCCAUGUUUGACAUGUUAGUAAACAUGUUAGCAAACAUGUUAGUUUGUAUCCAAAGCAGCCAUGUUUGACAUGUGUUUGUAUCCAAAGCAGCCAUGUUUGACAUGUGUUUAUAUUCAAAGCAGCCAUGUUUGACAUGUGUUUGUAUCCAAAGCAGCCAUGUUUGACAUGCGUUUGUAUUCGAAGCAACUCACAAGUGCCAAGCGAGCAAAUAAUGAAGUUAAGCGUAAGACUUUUAAUACAAAGUGCCAAAUAGAAUGUGCAUAGGAAGUUGAAGAAGGGUUGCAUGUCCAGAGAUUUUGGCCAAAAAACUGUAUGCAUAACAUAUAUAUAUGAGAUUCUUUUGGCACUCUGAGAUUCUUUUGAAUGAAGAGUGCAUUACAAAUCAAAUGAAUUAUUAUUAUUAUUAUUAUUAUUAUAUUUAGCCAUAUCUGUCAUUAAAUUGCUAAAUACAAAUCACAACAUGCUUAAUUGAGUAUUAUUGUGCAGUGACUGAAAGGUAUUAACAGAUCUUUUUGUAUUGUGUCUCACGUGUUCUUUGAUGUUUAUUUACAUCAAGAUAGUUCCUUCCACUCCCACACAACCAGGAAAUGGGUAUACUAAUGGACUGACCGUAAAGGCCACUAGACAAGGAAAUGAGUGUUUAGUUCAUUAUUAACUGAGAUCAGGCCAUAGGUUCCAGUAAAGCCCAGUAAAGUUGCUGAUAACCACUUACCACUGGUAAAACCAAUAAAGGAGAUAUAAUCAGAUAAAGGAGACAUAAUCAGAUAAAGGAGGCUAUGCAUGUCAAGUCAGCAACUUAGUUUAGAAUGUCAGCGUGUAUUUCUGUUGCCAUUUGAGUCUGGGUGAUGUGUGUGAUGGCCUGGUGUAGUUGUCCUCGUGUGUUCGCCUCUUUGUCUACCCUCGCCCUGUGCGCUGUGUCUGCGUAUAAGAUCCUUGCCAUCCUGCCCAUUGGUCAUCAGUUCCUGAGUGUUCAUUUACUGUGUGUCUUUAACAAACAGCAAAGAUGCCAAAGAGAAGUCUGCUUCCUGCUCAUCAUCACAGUAUCAUGUUAAAAGCUAAGUUUCAUUUCACGACUAAAGUAUGGAGAGGAAAUGACAUUCACACAAACACAUUCAAACUCCUCUAUCUCACUGCUGUGUCAUUAUCACUGUGUCAGGUGUCUCCCUCGCCUAUCAUUACCACGGGAGAUAGGCUGGAUACUAGUAGUGUAAUGCUUAAAGCAAUCAGGUCUAGAAGUUGUAAUUACUACAAACAGGUAUUGUUUCCCAUGGAUAUCAAGUGUGUGUAUGUGUGUGUGAAUGUGAUGUUUUUACGUGUUUUUUGCCUUAUUCCCAAUAAAACUGUUGCUUUCAUGGCAACAUUAUGGCU